CCCACCCCCAUCCCUCGACACCACCCCCACAUACAAAUUCGCAAUGGCCAGCAUCAAAGUCGGCGACGAGGUCCCCGCGGGCACCUUCGUUCACGUCCCCUACACUCCCGAGCUCGCUGACGGCAGCGCGUGCGGUAUCCCCUCUAAGAUCUCUACCGAUGCGUGGAAGGGCAAGAAGGUCUUAAUCUUCGCCGUCCCCGGUGCCUUCACGCCCUCGUGCCACGCGAACCACGCACCCCCGUACCUGGCGAAGGUCGACGAGCUCAAGUCCAAGGGCGUUGAUGUCAUCGCGGUCCUCUCCUCGAACGACCCCUUCGUGCUCAGCGGCUGGAGCCGCAUCCUCGGCUUCGAGGACAAGAUUCUUGCGCUUUCUGACCCGGAGACUGCGUGGACGUCGAAGCUUGGCCUCACUGUCGACCUGACCGGCGCGGGCAUCGGUCUUGGCAAGCGCACCACGCGUUUCGCGAUCCUCCUCGAUGACUUGAAGGUCAAGUACCUCGGCGUCGAGCCCGACCCCACCCAGGUCACCGUCUCUGGCGUCGACGCUGUCCUUCCCAGCCUCUGAGCGUCGAGUUUAUAUAUCCACACAUGAAAUGUAAAUCUGUAAUAAAUAGAUUGUAUUUUGAGUUGCUCGUCAUACUUCGC